AUGGAAGUGGUAACUUUUUAUAGCUUGCUUGGGACAACCCAAUCUGCAAUACUAUCUUUGUUCCUAGAAAGAAACCCAAGUGCUUGGAAAUUAAAACUCAACAGGGAGCUCCUUCUCAUUGUUUUAACAGCAAUUUUCGGGGGUCUAGUUCAAGGCUGUGUUCAACAUUGGUGUAUGAACAUGAAGGGUCCAUAUUAUGUGCCAUUGUUCAAGCCAUUUAGGAUUGUUUUUGCAACCAUUUUUGGUGUCAGUUUAUCUGCAAAUAGUCUUCGUUAUGGAAGUGUGAUGGGAGCAGUGAUAACUGGAAUGGGGUACUUUAUUAUAAUCUGGGGACAAAUCAGAGAAGAUGAAAUACAUGAUCAAGAUCAACAAUGUGUUGAUGAGAAUCUGGAAUCUAGUUCUGAGAGGAAGGUCCCUCUCUUGCAAGAAGAAAAUGCAUAG